AUGAAUAACACAGGAUAUUCUUAGUAAAAUGGUUCUGCUUUCAGAACUCAAAGACCUGAAUCUAAGGGUUUUGGCAAUGAUAUAAAUUACACUAGUUAAGGUUUAAACUCAUUUAGCACAAACUCUAAUCCUGCUAGUCUUAAAGGAAAGAUAUAAUCAUUAGAAGAAAUGGCAUUUUCAGUAAACAAUGAAUUAUAAUUACAUAAGAAGGAGUUAGCAAUAUUAAAUAGUGAAAAAGACUCCUUGAGCUCAGUAUUAAAUAUGAAAGCAUAAGAUGUAAAAAAAACAUUAAUGAAUGAAUUGAUAAGAUUAGAAGAUGAAAUGAAUAGGCACUUUAAUAAUUAAAAAUCAGAAAAUAAUCGUAUAUAAUCACAAUUAAGCUUAAUUAAGACAGAUAAGGCUGCACUAGAUGAGCUUAUUGGAGAAUUGGAAGGCAGAAUUAAAGAUUUGGAAUAUCAUAUAGGCAAUAAAGAAUCUAACUGA